AUGGCGGGACGGUCGAGCAACAUGCGGGCAGGAAAGCGUCGAUCUGUCAUGAGCUGCGCGUACUCGAACAAAGAGCGAGGAUCUGUUGCGUGCGGACCAGUUGGUCUCCGUUCUCCAACGGGCAAGUCGGGUGGGGCCGUACAGCCCCAUGCGGCGUUUUCGGCUCCAUUCUCGCUCUCGUCGUGUGGCAGCAGCACGACGAGAGCCUCCAGUCUGCGCCGCAGCAUGUGCAUGGCAACAGGCCAGUCGUCGCUCGGUUCCUCGUACAUCGCGUCUCCUCCACAGUCGCCGUCGGGCGUGUCCUCGAAUGCGUGCAACGGAGGACUGUCCAGCUGCGAGAGCAGCGGCAAUUCACUGGUAGACUAUUCUUUUCAAGCGGGUUGUGCUUCGUUUGGGAGCUCACAUCCCUACAGGGAAGGCUCAGGGAAACCUGAAGGGGGGCCGGGCGGCCCGGUCAGCGAGGGCGAUCUUUUUUCGGGACAUGGUGCGAGAAGGGGUGAUUCGUGUGAAAUGGAUGUAGCGCAUGCCAGCGACUUCGACAUGCCGCAGACAUUGUGUUUGGCUCCGCAAGCGAGAUCAGAAGAGUCUGGGGCCUACGGUGCCGCGUCCGCCUUCCCUUUGGACAGACUCUGCCACUCCCUCGCUAGAGAGCAUGAAACCGCUGCACAUCUGACGGCUGCCAAAAAUAUCUUCGGAUUAGAUCCUUCGACGAGAGUGGAUCUUCGUGGGCGAGUGCUCGAAAGGGGUCUUUCGAGCUGUGGAGAGGACGAUCGUGAAGUUUCGGCUGGGGAGGAGGAGGAGAAUGACAGCGAUAGCGAGGCUGAAGCGGACCAUGGACAGUACGGCGUUUCGCGGCUGUCAGCAGCAGGCGGAACUCAGGCGGUGUCUGUGGUAGACACGCUUCAAGCUCUCCUUAAAGCUGCCGAGGAUGUCUUUUCAAUGGGAGCAACAGAUCCGUCGCCCCUUUAG